AUGAGUGAAGAUCAGGGCUCAUCUGCUGUUGAGGCCGCACAGAGACAGGUUCGUGUGCAGCUCACGAGCAAGCAAGAGGAUGUUGCGUUGCCUGACAACACUGGUCCCAUUCUCGUUCCCACCGGUCUGCGACGUUAUGCGCUGUCGACACUAGUCAACAACCUUCUGAGUAGCGAGAAGCCAAUCCCCUUCGAAUUUUUGAUCAAUGGAACUUUUCUGCGGACCUCAAUUGACGAAUAUCUGACUGCCAAUGGCAUCUCCGCCGAAACUACUCUCGAGAUUGAAUACGUCAGAGCUCUUAUCCCUCCUCUUCACAUCGCAUCUUUCCAGCACGAUGAUUGGGUCAGCGCCACCGAUGUGCUCUCUGCGACUUCGGCCGCUGCGUCCUGGGCCUCCGGGGCCACCUUCUCGAAGGGUCAGGAAAGAAUCUUGUCGGGAAGCUACGAUGGUCUGCUCCGGGUAUGGAACAUGUCGUCGGAGACCAUUGCCACUUCCCCCGCCGUCACUGAGGGAGGACAUGCUGCGUCUAUCAAGGCCGCCAAGUUCGUCUCGCCGAACCAGAUAGCUUCGGCUGGCUUGGACCGCACUGUUCGACUGUGGAAGUAUACCGAGGAUGAUGAAUUUACUGGAAAGAUUACGCCCCAGCUGGAGCUGUAUGGUCACAAGUCCGGAAUCGAAUCGCUGGCCGUGCAUGCGCCAUCCAACCGUCUUCUGACUGGUUCUUCCGAUCACAACGUCGGAUUCUGGUCCACCAAGAAGGCUGAUGCCCCCGCUGCCCCGGAGAACCUGCUCCCUAACGCUGGUCGGACCUCGAAGCGCCGCAAGCUGAACACCUCUGUGAGCACACCGCAGCGUGGUCCUCUGGCUCUGCUUUCGGCGCACACUGGCCCUGUCUCCGCUGCUAUCUUCGACGCUAAGGAUUCUACUGUGGGAUACUCUGCUUCUUGGGACCACUCCCUGCGGACCUGGGACUUGGUAACCGCCGCCCUCGUCGACACUCGGAUCACCUCCCACUCUCUCCUUUCCCUCGAGCAUCUCCCCGAGCACAGCCUCCUAGCUGCCGGCACCUCCGCUCGGCACAUCGCCCUGAUCGACCCCCGAGAAUCUGCCACAUCCGUGGCCGCAAUGACCCUCCGUGGUCACACCAACGCCGUCGUGAGCUUGGCUCGCGAUCCUUCCAGCACGUAUGGCCUCAUUAGCGGCAGUCACGACGGCACAUGCCGAAUCUGGGAUAUUCGGUCCACCAAGAACGACAAGGAGGGUAUUGUUGGUGAUAGUGUGUAUACGAUUUCCCGCAAGAGCCUUGAAGAGGAUGGUAAAGUGGACAGCAAGCGCGUUGGUGGUGAAGGCGUCAAGGUGUUCAGCGUAUGCUGGGACCAGACUGUGGGCAUUGUGAGCGCGGGUGAGGAUAAGCAGAUCCAGAUCAACCGCGGUGAGGGUGUCCUGUCUUCGAACAAGUAG